CUGCGACAUUCAUUUCAGCCGCUCGCCGAGUUCCUGGAAAUGGCUCAGCUGCGACGACGAUGAUACCCGGCAGAGCAGCAUCAAGAUAAUCCAGGAGAGGAUCGCGCCACGCCACACAACAUGUCAUUCAACUUCGAGUGGCCAUCGCCCUUUUCGCCCUCGUUCCACGCACAUGCCCUGUCCCUCCUCACCUCAGCAUUGAAUCGCGGUCCCAAGCCGAAAGUCAUUGCAGAUGACAUCGAGGUCACGGAGCUCAACAUGGGCAGCGUCCCACCUGACCUGGAGAUCUUGGAAAUCGGAGAGCUAGGCAGGGAACGAUUUCGCGGCAUCUUUCGGCUGACAUACGCUGGAGAUGCUCAUGUGGUCGUACAGACGAGGGUACAAGUCAAUCCAUUGAGCGGAGGAGCAGCCCCCAGUGAUGCUCGUGCUUCAACGACGAGCGAAGAGACCUUUACGCCCUUUGCCUCUGGAAGGGGAAUCCUCUUUGCCGCCACACCCCUGAUCGUGCCCAUGCGGCUCACCCUCUCCCACGUCCGCCUGCGAGCCAUCAUCGUCCUCGUCGUCUCCAAGAGCAAAGGCAUUACCCUCGUCUUCAAGAACGACCCGCUAGAGAGCGUCCAGGUCUCGAGCACUUUCGAUAGCGUUGCCGUGGUAGCAAAAUAUCUCCAGCAAGAGAUCGAGGGACAGCUCAAGGAGGUAUUUCGCGAAGACUUGCCCGGCAUCAUUCAUCGACUCAGCCAGACUUGGCUCAGUGGCAGGAACAAGGCGAGCGAGGGAAAGGUGGCAGAGGAUCAAGCCGCGGUUGCAGGACCUUCCAAAUCGAAUGGCACGCGUACGAGGAAGAGGAGCAGCGCAGCAUCAGUCCCGGCGGCACCUCCAUCCCAGUCUCCAGCAUCACCAAAGUCGCCUCACAAAAGGCCGCCUGCUGCCCCACGCUCUUCCUCAGCGGCACCUCCAUCGCGCACAAAGCCGACGCCCAGGCCUCCAUCUCCACCCACAGCCGAUAUUCCUCCGCCUCUGUCAGACUACUAUCAAGAGGGUGCCGACUCCUACGAUCCAACAUAUGGCCUGCGAGAAGACGAAUGGGAGCCAUUGCCGGCACAUCAAGAGGCAGAGGUUUGGGAGGGUUGCUGGACGAUGACGCGGAGGAGCAUGAAGAGCAAGAGGCGCCGCAGGACACGAGAGAGGCGGAUGAUGUUGAUGAUGAGGACCCUGGUCAGGAGAAUCGCGCUCCGGCGACGAGCGACGACUUCAGCAGGUUCGGCUACCCUCCACCAGACGCCGAAUUCAACAGCGAAGCCUUUGAGCUUGCCAGCAUGGCACCACGCAGCAUCUUCGAUGACGAUGGCCGCGACGCUCCAUCGAGAAGCAAGACGAUCAAGUCUAACCGCGGACCUAGAUCCACUCGCUCUGCAGGCAAUGCGAGUGCAGCGGCCCAAAGGAUCAACGCGAGACGGUCAAUGGGCACCCAAGCGGCGCCUGCCAUUUCUCGUCACCCCACUGCACCCGCUCCGACGCUCCUCAUGCCGGGCCUCACCCGCUCCAACUCUUCCGCCUCCUCUUCCAUCCUCUCUGGCCGGUCGCCACUCCUCGCAUCCACUGGCCCAGGUAGCAGCGUCGCAAGCCACCGCACCAGCCCAGCAAACACAGGCGGUCGAGUGACGCCGGCAUCUUCCUCUUCAUCGUCCGCAGCCGCAGCAGGACCCUCUUCUCGACCACGCCCGCGCGUCUUCCAUUCGUCAUCGCUCCUGCAGCUCUAUCAGCCCUCAUCGGACGGCAUCGACAACGGCGACGAGACGACGAGCAGCUCGUGGGGCGGAGGAAGUGCUACGAUCCGCGGGGCGAGAAGCAGCCGUCUGAGUGGUGGGGGAGGCUCAACG